AGGGGCCACUCCUCCUCCCUGUACGGGCGGGCCCGAGGCAGCGCCGCGCUCCGCAGGCACUGCGGGCAGGAAAUGCCUCGGGGCGGGCGGCCUGUACCACCACUAUGGAGGGGGGAACGUUAGAGGAGAGAAAGUUGGACGGCGUGGUCCCUCGGCUCCCGAUGGCACCUUCCCGGUGACAGAAGGCUGCCGUUUUUCCCGCAGGGGCGGCAGCUUCCAGCUCCAGCCCUUCCCGGAGCCCGCGGCCCGCCACUGCGCCCCCCUGUCUGGACGGGUGGUUGCGGCCGGGCGCGGCCGGAGCCGUGGCCGGGGCAGGGCCGGUGCCAGUGCCAGGCGAAGAUGGCGUUUCCCGGGCAGCCCGCGCCCGGUGGCGGCUUCUACCAUGGCGGGUAUGGAGGAGCCCCAGGAGGACCAGCAUUCCCUGGACAAGCUCAGGAUCCUUUGUAUGGUUAUUUUGCUGCAGUAGGAGGGCAGGAUGGACAAAUAGAUGCUGAUGAGCUACAGAGAUGUCUCACGCAGUCAGGGAUUGCAGGAGCCUAUAAACCUUUCAACUUAGAGACUUGCAGACUUAUGAUCUCAAUGCUGGACAGAGAUAUGUCUGGCACACUGGGAUUUAAUGAGUUUAAAGAACUCUGGGCUGUGGUCAAUGGCUGGAAGCAACACUUUGUAACUUUUGACAGUGAUGGAAGUGGCACAGUGGAUCGUCAAGAACUGGAGAAAGCCUUGAUGAAUAUGGGAUUUAGACUGAGCCCACAGGCUGUGUCUGCAAUCACAAAGCGAUACAGCACUCACGGAAAGAUUGCAUUUGAUGAUUACAUUGCCUGCUGUGUGAAACUCCGAGCUCUCACUGAAUGCUUUAGAAGAAGGGACACAACUCAGCAGGGCUUUGUGAAUUUCCAGUAUGAUGAUUUCAUACAGUGUGUUAUGAGCAUCUAAAUCAAAAGGAAGCAAGCCAUGGAUGAUCAUGAUUUAACAUUCCAGUUUGUGUUUUGCUUUGCCAACUCUUCCAAUGAUUGUGUAUCUCAGGAUUGGAAACUGCAUAUUUUAUGAAGUACCGCUUUACACACAUUUUUUUAGUCUUGAUAAUGAAUAUGAACUACUCACGUACUGUUGUCUAUCACUUCCAACCUGUGAUUAUUAAAGAUGCUUUUAUUUUUAUAAACUUGCAAUUCACUAUGUAUAACUCAGAUCGUGCAAAUGGUAAGAUUUUCUGUGUUUACUUUUUUCCCAUAAUGCACUAAAACCAGUUUCUGGAGUGCAACUUACCUUUUCUGUCUUAAACAGUAACAUGUAUGACUUAAGAUGAUGACUUCUUUUGUCUUUGAUGGUGUAAGACACGUACAAACUGAAAGGGCUUUGGAAUGGUCAUUUUACACUGGUCUGUUAGAGCAUCAGUAAGUUUUUGUUGCUUAUUUUGUCAGCUGUUUUCAAGAUGAAUUUGUGACACCAUGCACUGAGUGUGAGACUACCUGCUGGAACUUCUCAUAAGCAGGGAUGCAACAAAACAUAGCAGAGAACUCUCCUAGCUGCAUGCUCUGGUAUAGGGGCUUUUGUUCCUAUAAGAUUCUUGCUCUGAUUGUGUCACUAUAUAAAAUACUUUUAAACAUCCAAAA